CUCAGUUAUCUUUUGUUUUGCAAGCAGUAAACAUGAUUCUUGUCUUGCUCGCGUUGCUGGCAGUUCUUGUGUACUAUUUCGGUACUCGGAACCACGACUACUGGGCCAAGAGGAACGUCAAGCACGACCCGCCCGUGUUCCUGUUCGGAAACAACUUCAAGGGCUUCUGCGGGCGGCAAAGCUUUACAGAGGUAGCCAAUAACUUAUACAACCGGUAUCCUGAUGAGAAAGUUGUCGGUUACUACAGGGGAUCCACUCCCGAGCUGUACAUAAGAGACCCAGAUAUAGUGAGGAAUAUAUUAAGCAAUGAUUUUGCAUAUUUCUAUCCACGAGGCUUCGGAAGGAAUCCAGAGUUGGAUCCGUUGCACGCGAAUCUGUUCCACGCUGACGGCGACCUGUGGAAGCUGAUGCGGCAGCGGCUGACGCCGGCGUUCACCACCGCGCGGCUGAAGGCGAUGUUCCCGCUGGUGGUGCGGUGCGCGGAGCGGCUGCAGGGCGUGGCGCGCGCGGCCGCGGCCCGCCCCGGCGCCUGCGACGUGCGCGAGCUCAUGGCGCGCUUCACCACCGAGUUCAUCGGCGCCUGCGGCUUCGGCGUCGAGACCGACUCCCUCGGCAACGAUGACUCCCACUUCAGAAAGAUCGGCAAGCUCAUAUUUUCCAGACCGCUCUCAGCCUUAAUAAGGCACAUUAUGAGGGAACUUAUCCCUCCGCUAAGAUGUUAUAUACGUGUAUUUAAUCGGAAAAUCAAUGAAGCUUUUUUUAGUUUCGUAAAGAAUAUAAGAGAAGUUAGACAAUGCAAGCCCUCCGGCCGCCAUGAUUUCAUAGACCUGCUCCUGGAGUUAGAAGGUAAGGGAAAGAUAGUAGGGGAAUCAAUUGAGCGCCGAAACCCAGACGGUACGCCUGUGACGGUGGAGAUGGAAAUGGAUUUGAAAAUGAUGGCGGCCCAAGUGUUCAUAUUCUUUGCCGCGGGUUUUGAGACGUCCUCGUCGGCCACAAGUUAUACUUUGCACCAGCUCGCGUUUAAUCCUGAAUUACAAUUAAAAAUUCAAUUGGAGAUCGAUGAAGUGCUUCAAAAAUAUGAUGAUAAGUUGUGCUACGACGCCGUGACGGAGAUGACGCUGCUGAGUAUGGCUUUCAAGGAGGCGAUGAGGAUGUUUCCGUCGCUGGGCGUGCUGAACCGCGUGUGUGCUCGGCCAUACACGUUUCCUGAGCUGGGGCUGACCGUGGACCCCGGAGUGAGGAUCGUCAUCCCGUUGGAAGCGCUUCAGAACGAUGAGAAAUACUUCGACAACCCGCGAGAGUUUCGGCCAGAGCGAUUUAGUCCGGAAGAAGUAAAGAAGCGACAUAAAUUUGUUUAUUUGCCCUUCGGUGAUGGACCCCGAGCAUGUAUAGGAUCGAGACUGGGCGAGAUGCAGUCACUGGCUGGGCUGGCGGCGGUCCUACAGGCGUGCAGCGUGGCACCGGCGUCGACCACCAAGCGGGUGCCGCCGCUGGACUCGCGGGCUAACGUCACACAGGCUGUGAAGGGAGGCCUACCGCUCCAGCUUACUGUUAGGGUCCAAUGAGUCGGAAACAAGAUGUAAAAAAUUUGCGAAGCGUAGUUUUAUUGCUCUUCUAUUAAACGAGAUAAUUG